AAGUCAGGAAACCCCUAACGUGCGUCACUUCCUCCAUCCAUUCUCGGUGAGGCCUGGUGAGAGCGAGUUGCAGCGUCCUAGUUUGUCAAUUUUGCAACCAAGAAGAUGGCGAAUUCACAAGGCGACGAAGUUGGGAAAUUAUUUGUGGGGGGCAUCAGCUGGGAUACAACGCAAGAGGGUCUCAAGAACUACUUCAGCAAGUUUGGAGAGGUGGUGGACUGCGUCAUCAUGAAAGAUUCCAACACUGGCCGGUCAAGGGGCUGGUUUGUCAAGUUUCAAGAUGCAUCCUGUGUACAGACUGUCCUCGCUAGUGGCCCACACAACCUAGAUGGCAGAGUGAUUGAUCCAAAAGAAUGCACACCCAGAAGUCAGCAAAGGGAUGAUGACGGAGGUUGGGGUGGCAGAAAACGAUUCAAUCAGGGAAAGGCUGGUGGUGCCUACCAGGGCCGUGUCAAGAAGAUCUUUGUUGGUGGCAUUCCACCCAACUGUGGAGAGGAAGACCUGAAAGAGUUCUUUGGCACAUUUGGCAAGGUGACAGAAGUUGUGAUGAUGUAUGAUCAACAGAAACAGAGACCCAGAGGAUUUGGAUUUUUAACGUUCGAGGAUGAAGCCAGCGUUGAGAAGGCUGUGGAUGUACAUUGGCACAUGAUCAAGGGCAAACGGGUUGAGGCAAAGAAGGCAGAGCCCCGUGAUGGGAAGUCUGGCGGCGGCGGCUGGGGCCGUGGUGGCGGCGGCUUCGGAGGCGGCGGCUGGGGUGGCCAGCAGAGCAGCUGGGGAGGCCAGCAGGGCGGAGGUGGCUAUGGAGGUCCUGGGCGUGGAGGUGGCUACAAUCAGUUUGGCGGUGGUGGAUACGGCGGGCCACCCCAGCCCGGCGGCUAUGGCGGUGGCGGCUACGGUGGACCACCCGCUGGAGGGCCACCACCGGGAGGCUAUGGCACGACAGGGUAUGGCUAUGGUUAUGGUGGAACUGGGGAUCCAUAUGCGCAGCAACAGGGCUUCCAACAGGGCCAGGGGAUGGGGCAGGGGAUGGGAACGGGCAUGGGCCAGGGCAUGGGACAGAACCAGGGUGGCUACGGAGCUCAGCCAGCUGGAGACGCCAACAAGCCUGCCGACUACAACAACUACGGCUACGGGCAAAUGGGCAGUUACCCACAACAGGAGUCUAGCUACGGUGCCGUAAGAGGCUCAGCAAACUACGGCGGCACUGGUGAUGCGAACUACGGUGGCAGUGCAGGUACUGAGCUCUCUGAAGCUGGGGGCACUUAUGGAGGGGACAUGUCUGGUGGCUACACUGCUCAGCAGCCAGGGGGGUACACACAGCCUGACUCACAGGGGGGCUAUGGAGGCGGCCAGAUGACUGGUGGAUAUGGCCGUGGGUCUGCCAGCAACUCCUCUGGCUUCCACCCCUACAGGCGAUAGACUAGGCACCGCUGUAAACACGCUGUCAUCUGCUGUACUCACCAGAGCUUUGCAGCUGAAUUCUACAGAGAUGAUGCAAACAUGUGAUCUGUGUAAAUACAAGAGAAACCACAUCGGAAAGUAACAUUGUUCAAGGUUAGGGCAGUACAGACAUGUGACCGAAAUUGAUGGCAUGUACAUUGCAUCAGAUUGCAAAUGUCUGUAUGGAGUGUAUCAAAAGCGUUUCCUCCAUAGUUUCUCAUGAGAAAAACUUUCACCCCAAACUUACAUCACUUACACGUAUCUUGAAUGUUUCAACUAUUUUGUGUUAUAACUGUAAGGAGUAGUCAUGAGAAUGAAAACUGGUUGGAUUUUUCAUCUGUACAUAGGCAUAAUGAAAGGUUUGUGAUAUGAGUAACAGUUAAUUGGACUACAUCUGAAUUUGUGUAAGAUGACUUGCUUUUGUAGAAACUAGUGGAUUACAGUCAAUCUAGUGUGAAGGUUAAUUUUCGGAGCUUUCGUUUUUAAAUUAAGAUAGUCUCUUGGACUGGUAAUCUCAGGAAUUUUUAGCUCUUCUAGUUGAGAGGAAUCUUUUUAUGUUAAGUCAGUUAAGAACUAGGAUGAGUCAAGGAAAGGAGAGACUAUUUUGUAACAUGACAACUGUACCUGUCGAACCAAAAGUUGUAACAUGCAUAAAUGGAAAAUAAACAUUGGUUUCUUUUGUAA